AGAAAGACCCAGGAACCAGAGGAGGCAGAGGGUGUGAAGUCAGGCCUCACAGGGGCGAGAAGGAAGCCGUCCAAAGCCAGCUGGUCUGGCUUUGAAAAGAGAGAGAGAGCGAGAGAGAGAGAGAGAGACAGAGGGAGGGAGAGUGAGAGGAGAGAGAGAGAGGUUGAAGCACUGCCCAUCGCUGGAAAAGCUCCUGAAGACCCUUCCGCUAGCAGCAGGUUCUGUGAAGGCAUACUUCGGGCAAGAGAAACAGGACUUUUUUUCCCUGGGAGCAGAGUGUGGCGAGAAGCUGAACGCAACGAGGAGACGCUGAAAGCCGAGGAAGAGAAGAAGAGGGGCUGGAUAUCGCUGGUCCAGCUGAGAGGAGAUCACUGCUUCGAGUGCUGGAUUUUGGAGUGGUGACGUGUGCAGAGAGCGAGAGAAAGAACAGAGCGUGUACGAUGUGCUAGAGGAGCGACGAGGCCUAGAGCUUUGGGAGUUUUUCUGAUAUUUUUGGGUGUCAGAGAGACCAAAGGAAGGAAGGAACGCGAAGAUGGGGCGGAAGAAGAUACAGAUCACGAGGAUCAUGGAUGAGAGGAACAGGCAGGUUACCUUCACGAAGAGGAAGUUUGGUCUAAUGAAGAAGGCGUACGAGCUGAGCGUACUGUGUGACUGUGAGAUUGCGCUGAUCAUUUUCAACAGCUCAAACAAACUCUUUCAGUACGCCAGCACUGACAUGGACAAAGUUCUACUGAAAUACACGGAGUACAACGAGCCCCAUGAGAGCAGAACCAACUCGGACAUUGUGGAGGCGCUAAACAAGAAAGAACACAGAGGCUGCGAUAGCCCGGAUCCUGACGCCUCUUAUGUCCUCACCCCUCACACAGAAGAAAAAUAUAAAAAAAUUAAUGAGGAGUUUGAUAAUAUGAUGAGAAAUCAUAAAAUCCCGACCGCUCUGCCCCAACAGAACUUCUCCAUGCAUGUGGCGGUGCCCGUAACAAACCCCAGCACCCUGUCCUACAACCCGGGCAGCUCCCUGGGCAGCCAGGCCCUGGCGGCGGCCACGGCGUCACUGAGCGACAGCGGGAUGCUCUCCCCUCCCCAGGGCUCCCUGCACAGGAACGUGGUGUCCCCUGGGGGCCCCCAGAGACCCCCCAGCACAGGCAGCACAGGUGGCAUGCUGGGUACUACAGACCUCACAGUGCCAAACGGUGCAGGCUCCAGCCCAGUGGGCAAUGGCUUCGUCAACCCGCGGGGGUCCCCCGGGCUCCUUGGAACUGCCAGCGGGAAUGGUCUGGGGAAGGUGAUGCCCACGAAGUCCCCGCCGCCCCCCGGGGGAAAUGUGGCGAUGGGCGGCCGUAAACCGGACCUGAGAGUGGUCAUCCCUCCGUCCAGCAAGGGCAUGAUGCCCCCCCUGUCGGAGGAGGAGGAAAUGGAAUUGAACACCCAAAGGAUAAGCAGCUCGCAGUCCUCCCAGCCGCUGGCCACCCCGGUGGUGUCUGUCACUACGCCCAGCCUGCCGCCCCAAGGCCUGGUCUACUCAGCCAUGCCCACUGCCUACAACACCGAUUACUCCCUGAGUAGCGCCGAGCUGUCCAGCCUGCAGGGCUUCAACUCUCCGGGGGGCCUCCCUCUGGGCUCCAUGUCGGCAUGGCAACAGCACCAGCUGGGGCAGGCUGCCCUCAGCUCGUUGGUGGGCGGUGGUCACUUACCUCAGGGCUCCAACCUCUCCAUCAACACCAACCAGAACAUCAACAUCAAGUCGGAGCCCAUCUCGCCACCCCGCGAGCGGGUGACGCCCUCCGGCUUCCUGGCGCAGCCCCCGCCGUCCGGCCGGCAGGACGUGGGUCGCUCGCCUGUGGACAGCCUCAGCUCCUCCUGCAGCUCAUACGACGGCAGCGACCGCGAGGACCACCGUGCCGACUUCCACUCCCCGCUCGGCCUGGGGCGGCCCCCGGCGGGGGGCGAGGGCCGCGAGAGCCCCUCCGUAAAGCGCAUGCGCAUGGACACCUGGGUCACAUAGAGCCGCCCGGGUGCGGGGGGGGGACGACCACCUGUCACACGCUAGUCUGGUUUCUGAGAGGGGUGACACGGGAUGGGUGGGGUGGGAGAGUUCAGGUCUCCUUUUUAUUCUAUUGUUAUUGUUAUUAUAUUAUUAUUAUUUAACUUUAUUUCAUUAUGUAAGUAGCAGAAUGGCAGAUGAAGAUUAAAAAAAGCCUAAAUUAAUCUAAAUUAAGUACAUUUCACACAUUUAAAAAAAGAAAGCAAAGUAAUAGAUCUGAAUUAUGUAUUCAAACAAAUGUCAUGAGGUACUCAAGGCAAAUUUGUCAAAGUUUGCAACAGUCCAAUGUUUAAAAGAAAAAAUAUACAAAAAAACAAAAACAUAGAUUAAUGUAGUCACAGGUUCAGUCCCGCACUUACUUUUUUUUUUUUACUGUCGUUCGCAAAUUUCAAACACAGGAAGUAAAGGGUUACCCUCUGGACGAGGUUACUUGCUGACUCUGCCCAGUGUGGGGUUCACAAAUGAAAUGGUGGGCCCUCCCUGCCUGGAACAUUGAUUUUUUUAAAAGCACAGAUUGUUAAGUUAUCACAUUUUCUUUUUUGAAUCAGAAAUUAUCUUAGAAUUACUACAGUAAUGAGCAAUACUAUAAGCAGAGGGGGGAGCUUGACUCUUCUGCUCUUCCAAGUAGAGGAGGAGGAGGAAGAGGAAGAGGAAGAGGAACACAAGGAGGGAAGGGUGGCAGUGUCCACUCAGAGGACACGCUGUCUUUUACAUGGGCAAUGCAGACAUUGAAUGGUAUCUGUGGUGGGUGAAAGAAUUGGCCCCAAACAUGAAAUGAGCAGAAUUUAAAAAUAUAAUUAUAUAAAAUUAAAUAUUAAUUUGAAGAAGUAAAAAAAAUAGAAUGAAAUGUCUAUUAAUUUAUAAUUGGAGAUAUUAUUGAGAGUUAUUCUGUACUGAAGAUGUAUCCAUAGCCUGUGUGUUGAGACUAGGUGAGAUAUUUGUCACAUAUAUUUUUUAUCGACAAACCUUUCGCUCAUUUGAACUGUCAACGAUGGAAAAGCAAAGGCCCUUGACCCAGUUUAAACAAAUCAUUUUAUUAGAAGCCAAAGUUGUAUGUUGAUUCAUUUUAUUUUGAAGAUAUGGGUUUUUGUUUCUUCGUAAAUAUGUUUCAUUUUAAUUUGAUUUUAUUUUUGCUUUAUUACAGAACAAUAAAAUGACAUGCAAGCAAGACGUUGAAACAGUAACUAAAGCCAUGAACACUUGCUGUUCUGUUUGUAAAUUUAAAUUUGAGCCAAACUUAUCUUUUUUUGUUUUGUAAAUAGCAACUUUAAUAUAUACCACCUUUGGUGUAAGUACGUAUGUAUUGUACCUUCACCAGAUUUAAGAAACAAAGUAUAUUUUUGUGGAUUACCGCCAAGUUUACAAGGCGAAGUCCUUAUUAAGUAGAGUAUUCACUGGUCAAUAUCUACUAUUUUGUUAAAUAUGCUGUACUUUCUUCAAAAUGAAAUAAUUAUCGUUAGUUUUUCAGAGGAUAGUGUCUGGGUCGUCCUCCCUUUAAUGGUGGUGAAUGUCUGUCCUUAAGAAAUCGUUAUAGCGGUGCUGUAAGGUUAAGCUUCACUGUAUCUUUCUGUAACAGAGAACUGUAAUGCUUUGGGAAAUCUGUGGCUCCAGGUAAACCUGAGGAAUUCUGUCUUACAACGCUUGUAUGAAGGUUUAGCCCGCAACUGCUGAAUACACUGCCUGUUCUAAAACCAGAGGCCACAUCUCAUUUGAAUUGUACUCAUGUCCAAUGAAAGGCACCCUUACACACAUAGACCCAAUCAGAUCGAUGGAUCUUAUACCUCAGUCCAAUGGAAUUUAUAGCCAAUAUUGACGACCCCAGCAAAACACUCUUCUGAGUCGACCUUUCUGUUCAAUACGUUAUCCAUCACGUUGAUAUGCACGCAAUUAACUGUCAGAUAAAAUGACUGCCGAAAAAAGAGAAAAAAAGCUUAUGUACACAAAUGUUCACUGUCUCAGUAAAGUUGUGAUUAUGUAGCAUAAAUUUAACCCUGUUUCUCUACACUUAUAAAACUUGAGAGGCUUCCAGUUUUCAAAACUGGAUAUAUUUGUGUCUGCUGUGCUCCUUGGACAGUAGAGAAUGUUAAAACUUUUACAGCACAGACAUUGCCGGCAGGAAGCGUUAGACUGCUGGGCACUGGAAAGAACAUUUUUCCUACUCUACUCCACAGCGUUUGGCUUUGUGUAUAUAAUAUCAGACCCUGCCAAAACCAAGGGGAAAUGUGCUGUGCUUUAAAUCUGUCGUGUCUGCACAUGUGUUCUUUGUUUGGAUCAUAUCGCUCUCUCCAUUCAGUGGCAAAAAGUCAGGGAAUUCAGCGGGUUAAAGUAGAAAAAUUCUCAAGAACAUGAGCGGACCUUACGUUAUGUCAGUGCUGGUUUGUGCUUGUAGACCUGCGUGAAUUUCGUUGCACAAAAAGCCCACCCCGCAUUUGCUGUCUGUUUCUUUGUUUCCUAAACCAUGUUGUGGGCAUUGCACAACACACUGCAACCCCACUCACUCGCUGCCAUCACCCCACUGCAGCUGACCAUAGCUGAUAACAAUCUAUGCAGUCUCCAGCCUAGCCAUUGACAGCUCCUCUGUGGUGUCACAGAGAGAGAAAGAGAGGUUCCUGGUGAACACAAUCAGGAGAGUCAUUGCAUCACUCUUCAACCUGGAUCGACUAGGCUUUAAAAUAGAGAACCCAGUUCCUUAGAAAUUGAGAACAAGACUGUUAUGACCCCUUGGCCCUUAAGAGUUUACCCGGCUGUUGCUGAUGUGGUUCAGAGGAGGACACAAGGAUAGCCAUUGCACUGCUAGUCGAAUUAACACUAACCUCAGUCCAGUCACUUGGUUUGAUGAGCAGGGUUUAUGGAAGGUCGAUAUUCUGCACACACACACGCAGGUAACUUCACACACCAUAUUUAUGUAUGCUGCAAAUAUGACCCUUCUGAUUAACUGUUGCAAGUAACAUUUACACCGCGAUCAUACCAGCAGAUAGUUCAGAGAGUGACAAGUUCAUUUAUCUCUCACCCCCAUUUGUGAUUAAAAUAAUCUGGCACAUUGUCUUUGCAACUUUGUUACAGAUAUUUCUGAUAAAUGUGUGAUCACAAAUCAUUUCAUUUUACCAACUAGCAAAAAAAGCAAUAAUUAAAUAUUUCAUGGAGAAAGUGUUGAUAAAAAAGUGGCAAACUGGAUAAAUAUUUCAAUUUGGAAUCAGGGAAUUAGCUUAUUUUCCUCUUGUUAGUUGUACAGUAAAAUGCCUUGUUCCAAAGAAUUGCUGGUAUUAUCGUUUCAGGACAAGUUGACCUCAUGCUAAUAUUUGGAUGCCACUCCAUCCCAGAUUUAACCAAUGAAAUCAUCCUAUAGAUCAGUAAAGCCUCCGUCCUCCACCAUACCCCCGUGUUGUUCAUACUAUACCGUGUGCACACAAGAAAUAUAUAGUAAAUAUAAUGCAAAUAUGUAGGCCUGUAUACUCUUCUGGGGUUUUGUGCUGUUUCAGAAAAUCGGACAUGGACAAAUUUGUUUGAAUGUGAAAGGGAUACACAGAAACAAAACAAAACUAAAAAAAAAAACCUUUGUAGAAAACUUCUUCACUUUGCUGUGCAAGAGUUCACUGCUUUGCUUCAUGGCUUUUAUAAACAGAACUAUGUAUUUGGUAAUUGUUUGUAGUUAAUAGUUCACUCGAGAAGCUGUUUGCGGUUUGGGGGCUCAAACCGUUUGGCACACAAGCUGGACUUUGUUGCCACGGAUGAAACGAGAUGUUUCAGAAAUCAAGAGAGAAUUUUAAGUUAAUCUGCGUUUUAUUUCCCUGAAUGUGUUGUUUUAUCUUCAUUAUUCAAUAAAUAUUAUAGUGAACUUUUUAUCGAAUGACAAAUAUGCUAGAGAUUGUUGUACAAAUUUGUAUUCUGCCUUCACAAGUAAAGAUAUUGGCUUUUACUGUGUA